GAAAAAGAGGAAAAAUAAAGUCUAUGAGUUCUUAAUAUUCCUGAUUUCGAUUUCUACACCAGUCCCUUUGGAACUUUUCCACUCCAUCUUGUCUCUUCAUAAAAAUAUACAUUGUAGGAGUUUUCUAUAUCCCUUUACUUGUUAUUCCUGUCCUCCCAUCACUUCCAAUCUACACAACCGGAAGUGGUACAGUGUUUUCUAUUGCUAUCAUAUGUUCUAUUCAAUUGUUAGGAAGAAAAUUUCACGAACCAUCCAGGAACGUACUAUCCUGUCCACACUCUGUUGAUCAGGUGGUUCUAUUUUUAUUUAAGAGUGCCAAGAGAACAAUCUCUCAAACUCCCUUGCAUGGUUUUGGAAAUUCAGUAUAAGUUGGGGUUCCAGUUUGUAGUAUGAAGGUCGUCUGCAACCGUUUUGAAUGAUUUCAUUCUCUGCCUCUUUUACCUCCUUUUGUUCUUAGAAUAUUCACAAGCUUGGCAGGAAGAAAGAGAAACAUGAUGUUAUUGAUAGUUUAAAAUUGUGGUCGUCAAAGUUAGUCAUGGCAAUUGUAGAUAACCCGAAAACUUGGAUACCUUAUAUGCCUAGCAAAGACUGUUCUCAAGGCAUUUGUAGUUUAUACUGUCCACAGUGGUGCAACAUCAUCUACCCUCCACCCCCCUUUGAAUUCCCCGAUGACAAUUCUAGUCCAAGUUUCUCCCCUCUUGUUAUUGGAGUCAUUGGCAUUUUGGCAAGUGCUUUCCUUCUUGCGAGUUACUACACCAUAAUAUCCAAGUACUGCGGCAGACCCUACUCCACAAGAAGAAGAGAAGAUCAUGACUCCAAUGAAGAAUUGGAAGACAAUCGCAAUCCGACGCUCCAUGAACCAUGGCAUACUGAAACUACCGGCUUGGAUGAGGCGCUUAUAAAAUCCAUUACGGUAUGCAAGUACAAGAAGGGAGAAGGGUUGGUUGAAGGUACUGAUUGCUCUGUUUGUCUCAGUGAGUUUCAAGAAGAUGAGAGCAUAAGGCUCUUGCCAAAGUGCAGUCAUGCUUUCCAUCUCCCAUGCAUUGAUAAAUGGCUCCAAUCCCAUUCGAGUUGCCCUUUAUGUCGUGCUAAUAUAGUGCUUUUCAGUGGUAAGCCACUUCCUUUGCCUACACCGGCGACAGAAAUACCUCCUAGGAAUGAAACUUUGCCAGAAGCCCCACAGGCAAAUGAAAGUGUAGCUAUUGAACAAGACUUGGAAAGAUGUGUUACGGAGGAAGAAAUUAUGCAUAGUGAUAUUGUUCCAAAGAACUCAUUUCGUGCAUUUAGUGAUUUGGGCAACUCAGAGAAGACAGAUACCAUGAUUGAAAUUAGAGAUGGAGGAUAUCAACCUAUUAGAAGAUCGCUUUCCAUGGAUCUAUCGUGCCAAAUCCGUUCUUCUGUUGCUAAUAUUUUGCGCAUGAAUCAAGAUGAAGUUGUUCAUGUGGAAGAGAGCCAGAAUGGUGAUGCUAGCUCAUCGAAGCAAUUAUCAGCAGGAGUUGAAAAGUCUAGCAAUAAAAGCAGGGCCUUGCAUUUUGUAAUGAGCCCAAUUGCAAUGAAAAGAUGAUUUUCAAGUCGAAGAUUGUAGCUUAUAGGAAUGGGAGAAGACGUACGGCACACAAUCGAUAUUCCUGUCUGAAAAAAUAAAAUAAUCAGAAGGAAAUGGAAAAUUAGUUCAAAUUAAUUGGGUGUAGUGACAAUCAGAUACAAACAUACAAUGGCUUAAAGAUGGCAUUAAGACGAAGUUUUAUUGAACACUUUGUCCAUUUCUUUUGAAACAUUGUAUGCCAUAUAUAUGUACGCUAUGCUCCUGGUUGCCUUUAUGUGCAUUAUAGCAUAGCAUUCUUCAACAAGCUUUUCUUUAAUUUGUCUAUCA